CAUGGAUUGGCAGCGGUCGCACUUUUGAGGGCUGGAGCGCUGUCGGUUUCCAGGUGUCUCAUCAACUCUUUUCGUCGGACACGCGGCAAAAGCUUUGUUGGGCACAGCUGCUUUUGCGCGUUUCUCGUGCGGUGAAGACGCUUCUCGUCGCUCGCGGGCGCCUCCGAACCACCCAGCCUUUCAACUUCUGGCACGAGAGCACAGGCGAUGGAGCGCGCGCAGGGAGCGCAGCGCGCGUCCCCCUUGGACGCGCCCGAGGAGCCGCGGUCUACGAUAAGCGAUGUGGGUCGGACGUGGGCGCGCUUCGCCCGCACCUUCGCGCUCAUCUUCCCCGUGUACGCGCUCGGCUUCCUGGGCUUCAGCUUCAGCUGGAUCCUCAUCGGAGCGGCGGCGCUCUUCUGGUGGAGGAAGAACCGGCGCGAGAAGACGAGCCGCCUGGACCGCGCGCUCGCCUACUUGGAGCUCGAGGAGACCCCCGUGCGACAGAAGCUCACCACCUCGGAGUUGCCCUCCUGGGUUCACUUUCCAGACGUGGAGCGGGUGGAAUGGCUCAACAAGACAGUGAAACAGAUGUGGCCCUACAUCUGCCAGUUUGUGGACAAGCUGUUCCACGAGACCAUCGAGCCAGCAGUGAAGGGAGCCAACCCUCACCUCAACACCUUCGGUUUCACCAAGGUUGACUUGGGAGACAAGCCCCUCAGGAUCAAUGGUGUGAAGGUGUACAACGAGAACGUGGACAAGAGGCAGAUCAUCAUGGACCUGGAGAUCAGCUUUGCAGGCAACACAGAAAUCGACGUGGAUAUCAAGCGAUACUACUGCAGAGCUGGGAUCAAGAGCAUACAGCUCCAAGGCGUUGUGAGGGUCAUCAUGGAGCCGCUGCUGGGGGACGUCCCACUGGUGGGGGCCCUGUCCAUCUUCUUCCUCAAGAAGCCAUUUCUCGACAUCAACUGGACGGGCCUCACAAACAUGCUGGACAUUCCUGGAUUGGACUCCCUGUGUGACGGUCUUAUCCAGGACAUCAUCUACAGCUGCCUGGUCCUACCAAACCGCAUCACAAUCCCCCUUGUUGAGCAGAAGGACCUGGAGCAGCUGCGCUUCCCCAUGCCCUUGGGUGUCCUCAGAAUCCACUUUGUGGAGGCCCAGGAUCUGGAGGGGAAGGACACGUACCUGGGGGGGCUCAUCAAGGGGAAGUCGGACCCCUACGGUGUCAUCCAGGUCGGCAACCAGCUCUUCCAGAGCAAGACCAUCAAUGACAACCUCAACCCCAAGUGGAACGAGGUCUACGAGGUCCUGGUGUACGAUUGCAAGGGGCAGCAGCUGGACAUUGAACUCUAUGACGAAGACCCCGACAAAGACGAUUUUCUCGGAAGUCUGUCGAUUAACAUGGAGGAGCUUCAAAAAAUGCAGAAGGUGGAUGGGUGGUUCGUGCUGGAGGAGGCCGUCACUGGGAAGUUGCACCUGAGGCUGGAGUGGCUGUCCCUGCUGUCGAGUCCUGAGAAGCUGGAGGAGGCGCUGAUCAGCACGAGGGCGGACCAGACCAAGGCCAGUCCGGUGCUGUCCUCCGCUGUGCUCCUGGUGUACUUGGACUCAGCCAAGAACCUGCCGUCGGGCAAGAAGUUGACCAGUGAUCCGAGCCCAUAUGUACAGUUCAUCUUGGGCCAGAAGAAGUUUGACAGCAAGAUUCGCUACAAGACGAUGGAGCCUGUUUGGGAGGAGUCCUUCAUGUUCCUUGUCCCAAACCCCCGCAACCAGGAGCUUAAGGUUGAGGUGAAGGAUGACAAGCACAAGUGCUCCUUGGGCACCAUAACUUUGCCCCUGACCGAGCUACUGGAGGCAGAGAACAUGACGCUCGAGCAGCGGUUCCCUUUGAAGAAUUCUGGUCCCAGCAGCACCCUCAAGUUGAAGAUGGGCCUCAGGAUUCUCAGCCUUGAGAAGACUGGUUCAUCAGACCAGCCAUCAUCCGUGCAGCUGAAGAAGGCGAGUGCAGACAUCCCUGCCAGCUCUACCGCUGGUGUUUCUGCUGGCCCUUCAAGCAAUCUUUCUAGCAGCUCCACCCCACGACCUCAGGUCUCAACCAUCACCCAAGGUCCUGCCUCCACAAUCUUGGGUCCUACCUCUGUCUCGUUCUCUGGCCCUACCCAUGAGAUGCCUCGCUCUGGCUCUGGACCCGCCCACCUCUAUAGCCCUUCCAAUCCUGGUAGCAUGACCCACUUGAGCAGCAUUGGGAAGAGCACCUCUAGUCUAGCUAUCGGGGGUUCCCACAAGGAGUCCACACCGAGCAUUGCCUCUGACAUGUCCCUGCCCAAUGCCACCCAGGAACUGCAGCAGAGGCUCCGGCAGAUGCAGAACGGAUCCGCUUCUGGACCGUACUCCUUGGGACGGGUGAAGCUGACAUUACGACACAGUGCCCAGAGGAACAAGCUCAUCGUAGUGGUCCACUCGUGCCAGAACCUGAUCGCGUUCAGUAAGGACGGCUCUGAUCCCUACGUGCGUCUCUACCUGCUCCCGAACAAGAAGAGGUCGGGCAGGAGAAAAACGGGCACGGUGAAGAAGAACCAGAACCCGGUGUUUGAUCAAACGCUCGAGUUCAGCGUUACCAACGUGGAGCUGCAAAGAAGGGUUCUGGAUGUGGCUGUGAAGAAUGGAGGGGGAAUCCUAUCCAAACACAAGGGGCUCCUCGGGAAGGUGCUUGUGGAUCUGUCGUCUGAAGAAAUAGUCAAAGGACAUACAGAGUGGUAUGACCUCUCUGAGGAUGGUUUCCAAAGAUCUGAACAGACCUAGUGGUCCCAGAAGGAGAGUGUGAUGUCAACAAGCAAGCAUCCCCACUGGCAAAUCUUUGCAAUCACCACCCGCUUUACAAGCUUUUAUAGUGUUAUGUUUUAUUAUGCAGCGAACGCACUGUUUACCCUUGCUUUUGUACUACGGUUCCUAAGAUCCUAAGACCUAGACACCAUAGUAGUCUGCACGGUUAUUUAACAUUGCUCAGUUCUCUCUGUUUUUAUUGCCACUUCUUAUUUUCUUGUGCAAGAGGUCAGAGGGGUCUGAUGAUGCUCUGAAGGAGUGGAAUCCAGGGAAAGUGUUGGACUGCACUUGGAAAACAUUUGUCAUUGCUUGAUAUACCGUGUCCUUAAAGCCAGAAGUCUAUUAUGUCCAACAAAAACCUUUCCUUAUUUUUUAAAUGUUGUUUACCCUACCUUGUUUGUCUUUAUGAAUCAUGUUUGAGAGUUAACCAGAGAGUUUUGUGAGAACACCACCAGCUACCCUCUGUAUGUUUCUAAAAGAAUGUAAUUCCAUGUUUGAAAUUAAUGUGCUAAAUGCAGACUUGUUCAGAUUGUCUGGUAUGUGAUAUAAAGGAUAAUGAAAAUAUGAAGUGCAGCAUGUAUAAAUCUGGUAGCUCGUAGGGAUAUGGGUUGCGAAGAUGCAGCAUCCCGAAACACAUUCAUAGCACUUUGUUAUAAAUCACAUUUCGUUUUCCAAAGACUAUUGCUGUGUCAGUAAAACAUCUAGCUGUUGACAUGGAGUACCAUGUUCUCUCAUAUUUUGUAAAACAACAAUAAUCAAUAUAGGGAAAAAAAGACAUGUAUAUGCCAUAUAAUUCAAAUAUGAAUGCAUUUGUCAAUGAUUUUGCAAUGCGAUUUAAAUAUUUAGCCCUGAGGUGGUUUUCUUCUGCUUGCAUUGUUUACAUUUAUAUAGAAAAAUUAUUGGAAAAUCAUUACUAUGAUGUCACACAGCUGUUGCUGCUGCAUGCCAAAGACAGGACUGCGCAUUCUGACUCUGCAACUGAGAAGGUAGAUGUAGAGGCAGAGUGCAUGUGCUACCAUGGCAACGUGGGCCAUAGCAGUCUAAGCACAUGCAAUUUGUUUCGUACGCGCUCCGCUGCUUCAUUUUCCUCCCGAGAUCACACAGGUAUGAUUUGAAUGGGCUUUAAUAUAAUAUUUCUUCCACCUGUACAGACACGGUUUCUGCAGAUCCCGGGGAGUUGCUUAUGAGUGCACGCAGACACACAACUUUAUUGCUUUGAAAGGCGUUAGAUAAAUAAUGUGCCUUUAUGGAAAUAUGGAUUUUCUCUCUCUGACAAGUUGGUCACGGCUGCAUGCGAUGUCUGAGCAUCUGUGCCCCUUUUAUUUAUGUUCUCUUAAUUUAGUCCUUAGUCUCUUAGUUCUCUUAACUUAUUAAUCCUCAAGAAAAUGUAUAUGUUGCAGUCUUUUUAUUCUUGUUAUCGUUAAGAAAGGUCGUCCUUGAUGUUCCUCUGUGCCGCAAGUGAUUCUGCAGGUUUAUGCACCUUAUUUAUAUCGUGCCUUAAAAACAUGACACUGAAAAAUGAUAAAUGGUGGGACUUCGGCGGAGGAGACACAUGUAGGGUUUUUUGCGU